CUGUAGGCGCUUUCCUAAUUACGUCACGGUUUAAGACGCUGACAAAGCUAGUAGGGCAAAAGGGAUUUCCGCAUACAGAUUAUGGCUGCUGUCCUUACCUUACCCUGAAGAGGAAGACACACUCCUAAUUGUGAACGAGCAAGGCGGAAGGAGCAGCCAAGACCCCAUUAACAAAUAUCUAGCGGUUCCCAAUGAGAGAGCGCGGAGUUAGGGGUUUGGUUCAAGUGGCUUCUGAGAGGGGAACGUGAGAAAGAGACGCUUUUCGGUGUGGCGAGCCGGUUUAUGUACCUGGUGCAAUCAUGAAAACUACAUUGCAAACCCAGAAAUGCAGAGAGAUAAACGGAGCCUUCAGUAGCAAGCCAUAUACGUGUGAUAUCUGCCCCAAGUUAUUUGAUACCCCUUCCAAACUUGCCAGGCAUUACCUAACCCAUACUGGGCAAAAGCCAUUCCAGUGCCAGGAUUGCCCAAAGAGUUUUCGGCAAUUGGUCCACCUAGAGAGACACAAGAGGACUCACAUCCGACCGUUUCAGUGUAAAAUUUGCCACUUGAACUUUAAGAAGCACGAGACUCUUUCAAAGCACCAGCAGAGACAUCAUGGCUUUCCUUCAAGCGAAGUAAAAACGGGCAAGAAGCCAUCAGUCGCCCAUCAGAAGAAUUACGCUUCUGCCUACUGUACCGGGUGUCAUGUGGUGUUUGCCACUGAAGAGAGUAGGCUACUCCACGAAUGUGACUUUGAGGAUGCUGUCCCCAAUAAAAAAUUAUCACAUUGCGAUAUAUGUGAGAAAGUCUUUGCGUCUAGGUCUAAGUUAGAGAGGCACAUUCUAAUUCACACAGGCCAGAAGCCGUUCACAUGUCUUAUAUGUGGUAAAGCUUUUAGACAAAAAGCUCACCUCAAAAUCCACCAGGUAACCCAUUCUCAGGAGAGGCCCUUUCAGUGCAACCAUUGCUUUAAAUCAUUUAAGACCUCAGGGAAACUCCACAAGCAUGAAGAGGUACACACUCAACAAGUGCAUUUUCACAAUAUUCUAAACAAGCCUAGGACUUCAAGGACUGUAGUACCAGAUGAGAGUAAUGUUUUGCAGACGGUGAAGGAAGAGUGUGAUGUUUUCUCUGUGUACGUGGUUCCUUAUCAGUGUCCCACUUGUGACCAGUGCUUUGAAACCCAACAAUUCCUAGACAAGCACUCCUGUUUUAUAACAGAGGAUGGAAAGCCAUUAAAAAGAAAGUUUUUCAAAACGACAGCAAAGCAGAGAAACAGAGCUCAAAUUGCACCAAGCAAAAAAGAAUCAUCUGUGCCUGUUGGAAGAGUUAUGAAAACAAAUCAGUUUGGGGAGACAAGGUCCUUGGAGCUAAGUGGCUCUGUUUGUCAGAAGAGCGAGGCCCAUCUAGAUUCACACAAACAGCAUCUUCAACGGAAAGCAUUCAAGCGCAACACAGGACAAUCUCAGAUCCUACAAGGGCACCUUGAGAGUCAAGAAUUAGGUUUCUGUUUUCAGGAAUAUCAGGUAAAUGGAGACAACGAUUACAAUUCGGAAAAAACAUUUAUCUCUGCCAGGAGGGAGUCUGUGGAGGAGCGUGAUACACUUCACCAUUUUCUGCGGGGUGCCAAAGGUGUACUGAUCCAGAGGUACAUCAAUAAAUGUGAUCAGUGCGAGAAAGCUUUUCCCUCCUUAUCCAAGCUGCGCAGGCAUUAUCUUAUUCACACAGGACUGAAGCCUUUUGCAUGUUCUGAAUGUGGAAAGAAAUUCCGUCAGUCUGCCCACCUAAAAAGACAUCAAGUUACUCAUAAAAGAAGGGUUACUCUUCAAAGGGCGAAGGAGACAUUUGAUGAUUAUCACCAAGUGCUUGUUAAAGGCACACAGGUGGGUUAUCGUUAUUCACAAAAAAUGGAUUAUGCUACAGACAUUAUGGACAACAUUCAAGCAUGUGACGCCUCAGUGCAAUAUGACAUCCCAGAGAUUAAGGUAGAAAUAGACUCCCCAUGUGAAUCUACAAGCAUCCAGAAAUUCCAAGGUGCGGGCCAACAAAAAUCCAGGACAUUUGGGUCAAGUGAUCGUGCGGCAAAGUCCCGUUCAGGGCAGACACAACGCUCAAGGAAAUGUACUGUCCGUAAAAGCUAUAAAUGUAGUGUGUGCACCAAAGUAUUUCUUUCUCCUUCCAAACUGGAGCGACACUACCUAAUACAUGCAGGACAGAAACCAUUCCACUGCUUUGAAUGUGGCAAGAGCUUUAGGCAGGAUCCCCACCUGAAGCGACACCAACUCACACACAUUCGAGUCAAAGUUUAAGCCUUAGGCACUAAUUUCUUACUUUCCUCACUAUAAAUGCUUUUUAAAUAUAGAAGAAAAGUUAUUUGUAAUCAAAUCAAUGUUAUUUUGAAUAUAUGAUUGUGUUCAGUACUAAUCAAAACUAUUAUUAAUUUAUUUGAAGUUCAGCUCUGAAAAGGACACAGGGCCUUAUUUUUCCUAUUGAUGUCUGAACAGGUUUGAUUUAUAGUUUAAUUUGUAUUUGGUGCAUUACUGCAAUCGUUGUCCAUUUAACAUCCCUAUCAAAGUAAGGCACUGGGGUGCAUUAUCCUUUCUCUGAAUCAGCCAAGUAAUGAAUUCUCUUCAGUUACAGACACUUUUCAUUGAUUGCUUUCAAUUGUUUUGUGGAUAUUUUCCCGUCAAAGAUUUCUGUGAGUCUGUAGUGCUAAAUGCAAUUAUGGGAAACGUAUGUUCUGAUGAAUUAUGUUCUGUGUCAUGCGUUGCAUGCUGGAUAUUUGUAAAACCAUGUAUUUAAAGCUGCUUUGGUUAGGAUUGCACCCCUUUACUGCCAAGUUAUUGCAGGCCAACUAACCGAACUUUACAUGACAUAGGGGCCUAUUUAUCAUGCUGUGUAAAAAGCGGAGUGAAGCAUUACCGGUGAUGUUGCCCACAGCAACCAAUCAGCAAAUAUAUUUCAACAGUUAGAACACAAAUACCUGAUUGGUUGCUAUGAGUAACAUCAUUGGUAAUGUUUCAUUCCACUUUUUUACAUAGCAUGAUAAAUAGAGAAAGGAGAAACGGAAGGGUGUUAAUGGUCAAAAUAUGGAGUAUGGAAAGACUAUUUCACAUCACUGGGUGUCUAAAUUAUUCUUGAAACAAAGCCUUUAAGUGAUGCCUGGUUCGGCUUAUAUAACAUAGAAAGAAAUAUAACUUAUUUCUAGGGCAGUAUAUUCUCUCUAGAUCCUGGUCACAGAUACUUAGAAGAAGACUAUAGGCUUAAUUCCCCUAUUUAGAACUUGCUGAAAGAGGGGCAUAUACAGGAUUUUCCAGUUGAGCUGGCUGCAUUUGAAUAUUUUUCACAGUGCUAUCAGAGACAUCAUUUGUUUAAAUCUUAUUUUAUACUUCCUUUGUCUAUGUUGGAACCUGUUUUUGGGGGCUUUCUAAUAAUGUACGUGUCAAAGUAUACAAUGAAAACUAUCUGUUUUCAUAAAGGUUAAAUAUAUACUAUUUUUUUGAUAAUGGUAUCUUUCUGUUUUUCUAUCUUUUAGGUGAUGAUAAAUUAAAGGCAUAUCAUAUUGUGUGCAAUUGACAUUCCUUCCCUGUGUAUUUUUACAUCAGCGUGGAAGCUAAACAAUGUCUUGCCUUGACUGUGUAUUCUUUACUAAGGUAUUGCUAUGUUUAAAUGCUUGAUGAUUCAGAGAUUUUAGAUUGACUGAAUAAAUAAUUCUGAAAUGUAGCCAAAUAUUAAAGCCUCCAUAAAAGAUUUGUAAGCUCUGCACUGGAUGUGAAUCCUAAUUUCUUUAGUCCAUUUUAAGAGAGUAAAAUUCCUAAAUUGUGAACAAAAAAAUUGCAUUCAGUUGUCCAGAUCUUUAAAGUCACGUGAUUUUAAGGGUUUGGAUUUGUUUUGUCUAAGAUUUGACUGACUCUUAAACUAAAUUCUGGAUUUACUGCAUCCAUGCUUGAAGAGAUAAUUCCCAGUGACUAGUCUGAAAAUGCAGCAACUUUUACUUGCUGUGUUUUUAUGCAAAUUUCUGGUGUUUUUUUCUUUAAUAAAUCACAACUAUCCUAGCUUUAAA